GGGGGAGGGGGAAGCUCGCGGAUAAUAAGCGGAACGAAAUGCAUUGUGCUCAGCAGCUGCGCGCCAGGAGGAGCCAAUUGGGAUGGACACUGUGCUUUUCCUAUAAUGUUUCCCCCUUCUUGUUCAGGUGGUGUUCCAAGGUGAAAAACCUACCAGGAGCAAAGCAUUCCCAGUCCUUCAAUUCAAUCUCAAAUAUUCCUGGUGCAUGAAACUUCACAGUCGAUGUUGCUGUGUCACCAACCAUAUGGGAGCAUCAUUUACAGUGUACUUGUGAAACAAGUUACUUUUCUUCAUAAUGGCUUUUCCAGAGCCAAAGCCAAAGAAACCUGAGCUACCUAAAAAACUGCUGGACACAUUGCAAUGUAAACAGGGAGCUGUCAGGGCUGUAAGGUUCAACGUGGAUGGGAAUUACUGUCUCACUUGUGGUAGUGACAAGUCACUCAAGCUCUGGAACCCUCACAAAGGGACUCUUCUCAAGACAUACAGUGGCCAUGGCUAUGAGGUCCUGGAUGCAGCAGGGUCGUUUGAUAACAGCCAGCUUUGCUCGUGUGGAUCAGACAAGACUGUUGUUCUGUGGGAUGUGGCUACGGGGCAAGUGAUUCGUAAGUUUCGUGGCCAUGCAGGGAAGGUAAACUGUGUCCAGUUCAAUGAAGAGGCUACAGUGAUCUUGUCAGGAUCUAUUGACUCCAGUGUCCGCUGCUGGGACUGUCGCUCACGCAGACCAGAUGCCAUCCAAAUACUGGAUGAGGCCAAAGAUGGCAUCUCCAGUCUGAAAGUGUCAAAUCAUGAAAUCCUUACAGGUUCUGUAGACGGACGUAUCAGACGUUAUGACUUGCGCGCUGGGGAACUCUGCUCAGACUACAUUGGAAGUCCCAUCACCUGUGUAUGUUUCAGCAAAGAUGGACAGUGUACGCUAGCUGCUACUUUGGACUCCACACUACGCUUGCUGGACAAGGACACAGGCGAGCUGCUGGGAGAAUACACAGGCCACAAGAACGUAGCCUACAAGAUGGAUUGCUGCCUGACUGAGAGAGAUACACAUAUUGGGAGCUGCUCUGAGGAUGGCAAAGUGUAUUUCUGGGAUUUGGUUGAGGGAUCCCUGGCAAUGAGCUUACCUGUGAGCAACAGUGCAGUCCAGUCUCUGUCGUUCCACCCAACUGAGGCUUGCUUGCUCACUGCAGCGGAGGGCCUUGUGCAGUUUUGGAGGGAGGAAUCGUACGUGGCGGAGGAGGGGCCAUCUGCUUGAUCACCAGCCCUAUAUGGGUGCAUCAGAGAACUAACAACAGAAGAUGGAGUGCCACGUAUCAAUGAUUAUGUAAGACAAUGCACAGCACCUGCAUCAGAGAACUUCAGAUGCAAAGAUUUGGGCUGCUGUAACCUAUCAUGUGAAGCAUCACAUUGUGCUCACUGUCUCCAGAAAGGGUUGUGGCAUCGAACUAGGGCUAUUCACAUAAACACUGAACUGUGCAUCUUCAAGAGGACUAGCCCUUUCAUGUCCUUUGGGUGGUUUAAAAAGAGGCCACUUCCUGUGCUAGAAUUGCAUGUGUCUUAUUGCUUUGAGCUGUCAUAUUGCAGUUUCCUAUUUUACAACCAUUAAGUCAAGUAUAAUAUUGUAUUUUGUAAUUCCACAAGUGUAGUCAUGUUGGCCUGCUAAAAAGAAAAUUAAGCAGGGGCCCAGGAGCUCAAUAGUCAUUCAGACACCGCAGUGUAUAUUGCAGCAUAAGCUUUCGUGUGGCAGAACUCACUGCACAGGAUGUGAUGAAGUGAGCCGUGACUCAAGAAAGCGUAUGUUGAAAUACAUAUUGUUAGUGUCCACAGUGCUGCCGGGCACCUGCAUCGUUCCUGUUUGCAGUGGGUUUUUAUUCAUGGAUCAUGCUGUAGCAAAGCAACUUGAUUAAAGUCAAAACACAGAAGCCCUGUUAAUACAACUAACAUAGCGUGCAUACGUUCCUCUGUUACAUGAAUUCUCUCUCAUCUCCAAACUGUUCUCUUCCAGGGCACGAGUCCCUAAUCUCCAGGAAUCCCCCGAGUUAAAGUGGACACCCCUAUCAUCAUUGGCAGGCUCCUAUUAAAUGAGAAAUGGUGGUGUGUUGUUGUUUUUUGGAAUCUUCUAGGUGAUUGAUUCCCUCUAGUUCAAAGACAACCAACCUAGGCGGUCCAAUAUAUAUUUUACUUGCCCCGAUGCCUGUUGAUAUUAUUUGCUCUUUCUUUUAUUUGGGAAAGGACUCUUGAAAAUAACGGCAGUCAAAGUAAAGAGUGUUAUGUUAAAUGGAGGGAAAUGGGGCGGGGGGGGGGGGGGGGAAAUGUUCACACACCAACAAAUCUCCCAUAUGAUUGAUCAGCAGUCUGUUCUCCGAUCCAAAAACAACACAGUCCCACAGUCAAAUGCACACUUUAUGUCUCUUUUGCAAUAACCCCAGAAAAUAUUCUUUAAUUAAAAUUUAAAACCGUAACUGAUUAAUUUUCUGCGUAAACAGUUUCCAUAAACAUGGAAUGUCAGCAGUUUAAGGGCACACGGGUAUAAAUUUUGUUUCCAUGCCCUUCUGGCUCCAGGAUCAACAGUGAAAGGGUGGUGGAGGAGAAAGCAAGUUCCAGAAGGCUUCAAGUUCAGGGGAAAAGUUCAUGAGUUUAAUAUGCUAGACAGAAUGCAAGAACAGUGCUUCAGCUUCACCUCCUUAGAACAAGCCCUUUAAUGAAAGGGACUACUAAAAUGGUCGGAAGGAAACAACGGGGAGAAGCCCAGGUUCUAUGCUUUAAAUCCUUGGGGUAAUUUUCUGUACGGUAAUGUAUUUUGCUGUGCUGCAGAUGAUUUCACUAUGUCAGUCUCCCUUUUCACUUUUUUAUAUGUGAAGAUCACUAAUUAAAAAUCAAACUAUUUAUGCA